GAGGUCUCCUCUGUUUUCCUAAAACCCUACAAAGAAACGUUAAGCACUCUCCACCGCUGCAAAACCCCAGCCUCACCUGAGACGAAGCCAUGGGGUCGAAGAAGAACAAGAAGAACAAGAACGGAGAGAAGAACCUCAUCACCGAUCCCCGAUUCGCCUCCGUCCACUGGGACCCGCGGUUCAAAAAUGCUCCGAAGCACAAGGCCAAGGUCCAGAUCGACGACCGCUUCAAGGCCAUGUUCACCGAUCCCCAAUUCGCUUCGUCAUCGGCUCCGUCGGACAAGCGCGGCAAGCCCAAGAAGAAGGCCGACCCCGGCGAGAUGAUGCGGCAGUACUACCAGACCAACGAGGAGGAGGAGGAGGAGGUCAAGUACGAUAAGAUCAAAGAGGACGAGGAAGAAGAAGAAGACGAAUUGAGCGAGGAAGAGAGUGAGAGUGAGGAGGAGGAAGAAGAGAAGGUGAAAUUGGGAGUGGAGGAGAGCGAGAGUGAGGAAUUGGAGGAGGAUGACGUGGCCGGAAGCGAAUCGGAGACGACGACGGGGACUGAUACAGAUGAUGAUGAGGAUGAUGAGGUGGUACUGGAGGACGGUAUGCCAGCAAUGCAGAAUGAAAAUAUACCGCAAAUCGAGAAGGAAACUCACAGGCUUGCUGUUGUUAACUUGGAUUGGAGGUAUGUUAAGGCUGUUGACUUGUUUGUGGUGUUGAGGUCAUUUCUUCCGAAAGGUGGAGAAAUUAAGUCUGUUGCUGUGUAUCCAUCGGACUUUGGAAUCGAGCGUAUGAAACAGGAAGAAAUUCAUGGUCCUGUUGGGCUUUUUGAUGAUAAAGAUAAGGAAAGUGAUGAAGAAAGUGACGACGACGAAGAUGAAGAGCUUAUUAAUCAGAAAAUGCGUGCUUAUGAGAAAAGCCGGCUGAGGUACUACUAUGCUGUAGUGGAAUGUGACUCAGUUGCCACAGCAGAUUACCUUUAUAGAAAUUGUGAUGGAGUUGAGUUUGAAAGGUCAUCAAAUACUCUUGAUUUAAGAUUCAUCCCUGAUUCAUUGGAAAUUAAGCAUCCACCCCGUGAUACUGCAACUGAGGUACCUUCAAACUAUGUUGGUUUGGACUUCCAAACUAGAGCACUGCAGCAAAGUAAAAUUGAUAUUUCAUGGGAUGAGGAUGAACCAGGGCGAAGGACCUUGAAACGAAAAUUCACUGCUGAUCAGCUUGAUGAACUGGAAAUGAAAGAGUUUUUGGCUUCUGAUGAGAGUGAAAGUGAUGAGGCCGAGGAUGAAGCUGAAGAUGAGGCAGAGGAUAAGCCUGAUAAAAAGAGUAAGAAAAGAGAUAUGUACCGUGCUUUAAUCCAGUCUGGAGAUGGGAAUGGUUCAGAUGAGAAUGGUGAAGAGGAUGGCCAGGAUAUGGAGGUCACAUUUAAUACUGGCUUGGAGGAUUUAAGCAAGCGCAUUCUUGAAAAGAAGGACAAGGGAUCAGAAACAGUUUGGGAUGCCUAUCUCAGAAAAAGACGUGAGAAAAAGAAGCUUAAGAGAAAUAGGUCUAAUGAUUCGUCAGAUGAUGAGAGUAGUGAUUCUGAUCAAGAAGCAAAAGAAGAGCCAGAUGAUUUCUUCAUUGAAGAACCUUCCGUUAAAAAGAGUAAAAAGGAGUCUCGGGGUAAAAGUAACAGAGAAGAAAAGCAGCGACAAGAUACGGAUAAGGAAGCAGAAGCAAGUAGACAUGAGCUUGAGUUAUUACUUGCUGAUGACAAGGGAGUAGAUAAAGGUGCAAAGGGAUACAAUUUGAAACGUAAAAAGGCGAAAGGAAAGAAAGGUAAAGAAGAUCCAGAGGAGAACAAAAUACCACUUGCUGAUUUGGAAGAUCCACGCUUUGCACCCCUGUUCACCUCAUCCCUCUUUGCUCUGGAUCCGACAGAUCCACAAUUCAAAAGGAGUGCAACAUAUAUCCGGCAGGCAGCACUCAAACAGCGUAAGAGUGACCCAGAAGAGGUGCUGGAAAGGGAAGUGAAAGUACAACCCGAGGGUCCCUCAUCAAAGAUGGAAAAAUCUUCAUUAAUCAAGUCAAUCAAAAUGAAAGCCAAGCCCUUUGAAAAGAAAGAGGAAAUUGUGCAAUUCCCAGGUAGAAAGGAAACAAAAGUGGAGCAGAAUCCUCCAACCUCAGUACAACCAGUUAAAAAGAAGUCCAAAGUUGGACGAAAAUGAAACUAACAUUGAAACCUACGGCAUAUCUCUUCAUUGCCUGAAGCAUCAUGCGAAGAAAUAGAUCUCCGAUCUGUAGGCAUGUAUGAUCAAGCACACCUGCACAGGUCAAGUCAUGAUAAUCUUACCUUUGUCUUUUGCAAUUAAAAAAGAUUAUUCUUCUGGUAAAAGCGAGUUUUGUUUCUUUUUUCCUUAUGAGAUACAUUAUGAUCAUAUGUAGAAGAUUUUGUUCUCAUAUGUGUGUUUGUCUUGUUAUUUAUGAGACACUGUAAAACAUUACAACAAUUCAAAUCCGAAGGUAACUGUAGUA